GGAGAUUGAAAAGAAGAACACGCAACAAGGGCUUCCCCACACCAUCCUUUCCCGACAAAGAAAACGAGCCCAUUUCUGUUCCUUCACCACCGAACACACCCUCUUCCUCUCGCUAACUUGCGCCUCAUUCUUAACCUGCGCACUCCUCCUUUCCUUUUCCAUAACCUUCCCUUAACCAUUCUCUCUCUUUCUCUCUCUAUUAUUGCGUUUGAGAUUCAAACCAAGCACCACCCCCAUUGGAAUAGCUUCCGGUGUUGGGUGUAUUAGGGUUAGGGUUUCUGAGAGAUGUGGGAUGCUUCAGGCAUUGAUGAAUCUUCUCUCUCCGUGUUGGAGGCCGUUCGGGCACGGUGACAAUUCUUCAUCGGGCAUUGUCGGAAGAGAAGGUAGAGACGGAUUGCUUUGGUUUCGUGAUUUCGGUAGGUAUGGCUCCGGCGAAUUCUCCAUGGCCGUCGUUCAAGCAAAUCAAAUCCUUGAAGAUCAGAGUCAGAUCGAAUCCGGUCCACUUGGAACCUUCGUCGGCGUUUACGACGGUCACGGUGGUCCCGAUGCUGCGCGUUAUGUCUGCGAUCACUUGUUCCGAAAUUUUCAAGCGGUAUCGAGUGAGUCACGGGGUGUUGUGACCGCUGAGACCAUUCAAGCGGCGUUUCGUUUAACUGAAGAAGGGUUUACUGCCAUGGUUUCUGAACUAUGGAAUACUCGACCACAAGUUGCAACUACUGGAACUUGUUGUUUGGUUGGAGUGAUUUUUCAGCAGACGCUUUUUAUUGCAAAUGUGGGAGAUUCUCGUGUUGUGUUGGGGAAGAAAGUUGGGAAUACUGGUGGGGUUGCGGCGAUUCAGCUGUCUACUGAACACAAUGCAAAUCUCGAGGCUGUUAGACAGGAACUUAGAGAGUUACACCCUCAUGAUCCCCAGAUUGUUGUUCUCAAGCAUGGAGUGUGGAGAGUAAAAGGAAUUAUUCAGGUUUCUAGAUCUAUAGGCGACGUGUAUAUGAAACAUGCGCAGUUUAAUCGGGAACCAAUUAAUGCAAAAUUCAGGCUUCCUGAACCAAUGAACAUGCCUAUCUUGUCUGCUAAUCCAUCUAUUAUUUCUCAUCCUCUCCAACCAAAUGAUUCCUUCGUUAUAUUUGCAUCAGAUGGUUUAUGGGAGCACCUGAAUAAUGAUCAAGCAGUUGAUAUUGUUCACAGAAAUCCACGUGCGGGUAGUGCCAAGAGACUUAUCAAGGCGGCCUUGCAGGAAGCAGCUAGAAAACGUGAAAUGCGAUAUUCAGACCUUCGGCAGAUUGACAAGAAAGUUCGACGGCAUUUUCAUGACGAUAUAACUGUUAUUGUUUUAUUCUUAAACCACGACCUUAUAUCUAGAGGUACAGUUCAAAACCCACCGCUGUCAAUUCGAAGUGCUCUCAAUCACUGACUUGUAUGAUUGUAAGCAUGAUUUGUCUUAUACAAGUAUUCUGGCAACGCUACCAAAACUAAAAGGAUACACCCACCACAUCACUGGCACGUUGCCAGAAUACACAUACGGCAAACCCUUUGGCAAGAAUAGUGCUGGCUGGGCACAUAUGGUUUACUGAUAUUGAGAUAUAACUGGGACGUCUUAUUGGUUAAGCUCCGACUUAUAACACGUUAGAAAUUUAUGCAUUAAAAUGACAAAAGGAAUCAGAAAAGAAACUUUUGGUUUAGUAAUUGGACGAUCCAGUUUUACUUAAUCUUGGUUCUUGACAUGAUUGACCAAAUCUCACUACUAUUUCUUGCGAUUGACCGUAAGAUACUAUUGGCUCUGUAAACCAGAUGACCAGCAAUUAAAUAUACUGCAAUUUGCCUCAAAAGCAUAACAGAUCGGAUUUGCCAUGGCAUUUACUGCUUUUGGUUCAAAAGAAAAUUGAGUAAUUGUUUCAAAAGAGUUUGAUGUAUUUGUUUCAAAAUAUUUUACCAUAGCAAAUAAUGAAAUUACUAUUAACAUUGUGA